AUGUACAGGAGAAAACCAACAGCAGCUAUCAAAUCAGAUGGUGCAACAAGUGCACAUGUAGUUCCAAAAGAUGCAGAAGGUCCUCAACAUAUCGAUAUCCAACAGAUGCAAAAUGUUCUUCUAAUCUGGUUAGACAGUAAUAUUGACGAAACAAAUGACGACUGUCAAAAUACAAUCACUAAAUUACGACGAGCUGUUAAUGACACCAAUACAUUUACAGAUGUUGAUCAAUGCCUUGAAUUCAUUCAAACAAUCAUCGACAAAAAAAUAUGUAUGAUCAUAUCUGGGUCACUUGGACAACAUUUUGUGCCUCGUGUGCACAAUAUGUCUCAAGUUGAUUCACUUUUUAUAUUUUGUGGUAACAAAAAACAUCAUGAACUAUGGGCUAAAGAUUGGCCAAAAAUAAAGGGUGUCUUCACAGAUAUUACCCACAUCUGUGAAGCAGUCAAGAAAGCUGCUCAUCAAUGUGAGCAGAAUGCCAUUCCCAUGAGUUUCGUGAAAACAAAUAAAAAGUUGGAUCAACUAGAUCCUUCUUUUAUGUAUACCCAAAUCGCCAAAGAAAUUAUAUUAACCAUCCAAUUCAAACAAAACCAUAUCCAAGAUUAUUUUGACUACUGUCGCGAUGCUCCUACUGACAGCGAAGCAGAUAUAGGUAACAUUAAUCAAUUAGAAAAUCAAUAUCAUAACAAAACACCCAUCUACUGGUACACCAGUGACAUAUUCCUGUGUCCCAUGCUCAAUCGUGCAUUGCGAUUGAUGAAUGGUGAUAUCAUCACACGGAUGGGCUUCUUCAUUGGUGAUCUUCAUCGACAAAUUGAACAGCUGCAUCAGGACCAAUAUGUUGGUACAACUGCUGCUAACUCCUUCACCGUUUACCGUGGUCAAGGUUUAUCUAAAGAAGAUUUUGAACAAAUGACGAAAACCAAAGGCGGUCUGAUUUCAUUCAACAACUUCUUGUCUACCAGUAACGAUCGUGACGUUUCCUAUGCUUUUGCUGAAAGCAAUCAGGUCAAUCCGGAUUUAUUUGGAAUACUUUUCGUUAUGAAAGUAGAUCCAUCUCAACCAACAUCAACAUCACCAUUUGCUUCAAUUGCUGGGAUUGGCAAGUUCCAAGAAGAAGAGGAAGUCUUAUUUUCUAUGCAUAGCGUGUUCCGUAUCCACGAUAUUAAACAGAUAGGUGAAAAUAACCGCUUGUAUGAAGUUAAUUUGACACUUACUGCUGACAAUGAUCCAGAGUUGUCUAGACUUACAGAUUACAUUCGACAAGAGAGUUUUCCAGACGAUGAAGCCUGGUACAGAUUAGGUAUGGUACUAAUUAAAAUGGGCCAAUCCAACAAAGCUGAAGAUAUUUAUCAAGUUUUACUUGAUCAAACUAAAGAUGAUAAAGAUAAGUCGUCUAUUUAUCAUCAACUUGGUGCGAUCAAAUAUAGUCAAGGAAAAUAUGAAAAAGCACUUAUAUUUUAUGAAAAAUCACUUGCUAUCGAUCAAAAGACGCUUCCUACCAAUCAUCCUCAUUUAGCUAAUUCCUACAAUAACAUUGGUGCAGUGCAUGCCGACAUGGGUAAUUAUUCAAAAGCACUUUUAUCUCAUGAAAAAGCUCUUGAAAUCAAACAACAAUCACUUCCACCCAAUCAUCCUGAUUUGGCUUGUUCCUACGAAAACAUUGGUUUAGUGUAUGAUAGCAUGCGUACGUAUCUCGAAGCACUUUCAUUUCAUGAAAAAGCUCUUGAAAUCAAACAACAAUCACUUCCUUCCAAUCAUCCUGGUUUAGCUUGUUCUUACAACAACAUUGGUAAUGUGCAUAUAAAGAUGUUUAAUUAUCCGAAAGCACUUUCAUUUCAUGAAAAAGCCCUUGAAAUCAAACAACAAUCACUUCCUCCCAGUCAUCCUGAUUUGGCUUCUUCAUACGGUAACAUUGGUAAUGUGCAUUACAGCAUGCGUAAUUUUCCAAAAGCACUCCCUUAUUAUGAAAAAGCCCUUGGAAUUCAACAACAAUCACUUCCUCCCAAUCAUUGUGAUUUGGCUUCUUCCUACAACAACAUUAGUAAUGUGCAGUACUACAUGGCUAAUUAUCCCGAAGCACUUUCAUCUUAUGAAAAAGUUCUUGAAAUCAGACAAAAAUCACUUCCUCCCAAUCAUCCUGAUCUGGCUAAGUCCUACAACAGCAUUGGUGCAGUGCAUAAUAGCAUGGGCGACUAUCCAAAAGCACUUUCAUCUUAUGAAAAAGUCCUUGAAAUCCGACAACAAACACUUCCUUCCGGUCAUCCUGAUUUGUGUAUAUCCUACAACAACGUUGGUAAAGUGUAUGAAAGCAUGGGUAAUUACUCAGAAGCUUUUACAUUUUAUGGACAUGCUAUACCGAUUAGAGAAAAAUGA